AUGGGGAUCUUUUUGGCUUAUGUUGGAUUCAUUUUCUUUUCUGUUUUAUAUAUACAGCAAGGACUUUCUUCUCAAGCAAAAUUUACCGAGUUUCCUCGAAAUGUUACAGCAACUGAGGGGCAGAAUGUGGAAAUGUCAUGUGCUUUCCAGAGUGGUUCUGCCUCAGUUUACUUGGAGAUUCAGUGGUGGUUUUUGCGGGCAGCUGAGGACCAGGAGACUGGAGCAGAGGUGACAGGUGCUCAGGUGGAGCUCUUACCAGAAAGAGACCUAGACAAUGAUGGAACAAAAAUCAGCACAGUAAAAGUACAAGGGAAUGACAUCUCCCACAAGCUUCAGAUUUCCAAAGUAAGGAAAAAGGAUGAAGGCUUAUAUGAGUGCCGAGUGACAGAUGCCAACUAUGGAGAUCUUCAAGAAUACAAGGCCCAAGCCUACCUUAAAGUCAAUGCAAACAGCCACUCUCGGAGAAUGCAGGCCUUUGAAGCCUCUCCCAUGUGGUUACAAGACAUGAAGCCCCGAAAGAAUAUCUCUGCAGCCGUUCCCAGUAGCAUCCAUAAUUCUGCUAAUCAGCGAAUGCGCUCCACUUCCAGCCCUCAAGCUGCAGCCAAAAUCCCCAAACAAAGUCCACAAUCAGCAAAGAGCAAAUCGCCUGUAAAAUCUUCGGAGCGGACAGCAAAGUUGACCCUAAACUCCAACCAUCACUCUGCACCCAAUGUACUCUAA